AUCAACGACGACAAUCCAUUUCCUAAACGCGUCCCUCUUCCUCUGCUUCACCUCCCUCCCUCUAAUCUGUCUGCAGAGGAACGCGCAUUUCGUCGUCAAUCCUUCGAUUUUCUGACACCAAUCUCGCCAUCCAUCACCUGGUUUUAUCUCUCUGGAGCUCGCUCAAUCUCUCUCUGUCUCUUCCUCUCUCUCAUGAAACUCUGUUCAGAGAUUCAUGGGGUCUCGUAGCUCGUUCGUCCUCGUGUUCUCCAAUCCCACAUUACUCAGAUCUCUUCGCUCCGAUCGACAAGGCCGUAUCCUCCUGCCGGUGCCGAUCUAGCGAGCCCCGACCUCAUCCAAACCCCCGGACCGCCGACGAUUAGUCGAUUUUCUCCUCCUCCUCCACGAUGAAGCCCACCAGCAGAUUCUUCACGAUCGGGCUCGUCACCUCGUGGUACUCGUCCAACAUCGGCGUCCUCCUGCUCAACAAGUACCUGCUCAGCAAUUAUGGGUUCAAGUACCCGAUCUUCCUCACCAUGUGCCACAUGACCGCUUGCUCCUUGCUCAGCUACAUCGCCAUCGCGUGGAUGAAGAUGGUCCCUAUGCAGACCAUUCGAUCCAGGGUCCAGUUCUUCAAGAUCACGGCCCUCAGCCUCGUGUUCUGCGUGUCGGUCGUCUUCGGCAACAUCUCCCUCCGGUUCCUGCCCGUGUCCUUUAACCAGGCGAUCGGGGCCACGACGCCCUUUUUCACCGCGGUCUUCGCCUAUCUGAUGACGCUCAAGAGGGAGGCUUGGCUUACGUAUAUAACUCUGGUUCCUGUGGUUACCGGGGUUGUCAUCGCCAGUGGGGGUGAACCAAGUUUCCAUCUCUUUGGCUUUAUCAUGUGUGUGGCAGCUACUGCAGCACGGGCAUUGAAAUCUGUUCUGCAAGGGAUCCUCCUUUCUUCUGAAGGGGAGAAGCUGAAUUCUAUGAAUCUGCUAUUAUACAUGGCUCCCAUAGCUGUGGUGUUUCUCCUCCCAGCAACACUUAUCAUGGAGGAAAAUGUGGUUGGCAUUACCCUAGCUUUGGCAAGAGAAGAUUUUAGGAUCAUUUGGUAUCUGCUUUUCAAUUCAUCACUUGCGUAUUUUGUCAACUUGACCAACUUUUUGGUCACAAAACAUACCAGUGCUCUGACUCUCCAGGUGCUGGGAAAUGCAAAGGGCGCUGUAGCAGUGGUGGUGUCAAUCUUGAUUUUCAGAAAUCCUGUGUCUGUCACAGGAAUGCUUGGCUACUCCUUAACGGUCUUAGGAGUUAUACUCUACAGUGAAGCCAAAAAGAGGAGCAAAUCAUAAUUAUUCGCUGAAGAAUUAAGAGCCUUAUAUUUGUUUUCCAGCAUUGGGCGAUUUAGUGGAGGCAAGUUGGGCUUGUGCUAGCGGCUGGUGAAGGUCUCGCCUAUCAUUCUAUUUUUCCCCCCUGGAAGCCUGGAGGUGGUUUCCACUGUGUUAGCAACAAUUAGACAAGAUUAGUCCAAAGUAGAAAAUUCAAUAAGUGAAUGAUUUGUCUCUUAUGUUUCCAGUUUUUGGGGUUGUGGAGAUACAUCAUUUUCUUUUAUAUUCUUUUAUAGAGGCUGUAGAAUUGAGUAUCAACACAACCAAUCUGUUAUUGACGUUUCUUACAGUGAUUAACUAAUGAAAGGAGAUCGUGAUUUUAA